AUGGAUCAAGCCUUGGCAAAAAAACUAUGCGAAAAAUCUGAAGACAAAGCGUUUUGCGUUUCGAGCCUAACCUCGCGUCACGAAGCAGAAACCGCAACCGCACCAAAACUAGGCGUGAUUGCGUUAAGUGUUGCGUCUACAAACGCUUCAGACACGUCUCUCUACAUCAAAUCGAAAUUAAAACAGAAGAACCUCGAGCCCGCGUUGGAAGACACGUUAGAUGAUUGUUCUAAGAAUUAUUUAGACGCAGUCGCGCAGCUAGACGCAGUCGCGCAGCUAGACGAUUCUCUCGCCGCUUUGCUGGCAAAUGCGUACAUCGAUGUUGAUAUUUGGCUUAAUACGGCGAUUAGCGACGGAGAGGCUUGUGAAGACGCUUUGAGUGAACGUGCUGGUAAUGACGCUGAGCUUGCUCGUAGGAACACUAACUUCUUGAAGCUUUGCAAGGACGCUCUUCUCAUCAACACUAUUUUAACUCCAUAAGUUUAUUGUUACCACUAAUUAAUUACUUUGUAUUUGUUUGUCGUAAUUUUCUAUAAAUUGCUUUUAGAAAAAAAAUCUAUAAAUUGGUCCAAUAUGUGG